AGCAUUAAUACUGUAUUAGUAUUUUUUUCGAGUUCCCACUUAUCAAGUCUACCAAACUACAAAAAGUGUUUACGAUGAAGUCAAACAUGAAUCUAAUGUUAUUCGCAGUGUUCUUUGGCCUCAUUAUAUCAUUAAAUGCCACGCCCGUGACAACAGACGAAGGCGAAACAUUGAAGAAUGAAUCAAUACCAGAAUGCUUAAAAAGCCAUACUUCGCCGAUGGUAAAAUCAGUGUCUUACAGUGAUUUAAAUAAAAUGCCCACAUGUAUAUUUAAUCUUCAAAAACAUAUAAAUGAUAUAUCAGUUGAUUUAUUAAAAAAGGAUUUUGAAAGCAGUAUCCCAUUAAAAUUACAUGAAAAUUUUUUAAAAAUGGCUUCCUAUGCGAGAACCUUAAUACAAGGAAAAUGUACUACAGCAGGGCGUGAAGUUUUGUCCGAAGCAAUAAGAGAUUGUUUUGAUCCUUUUAAUGGAGAUAAACUUGAAAUAAUAAUUAAGGAAGUGGUCGACCGUUUCGUAAGAGAAGUGCAGAAUGAACCUGUAGUUUAAUAUUUAUAAAACAAAAAAGUUAACUUACAAAUUGUUAUA